AUCUGAUAAGAUUAUCUAAUUGCCCGAAGACUGAUCUAGCUUAGAGCCUGAUACACUGUGCACUGUUGGUGGGAGCAUCUAGCAGUGCUUAUGGAAAUUAUCACAGUAUUCAACAGGAGCUCUCAGAGAAUUGUUUUAUUUUAUUUUACACAGUGGUGAUAUAUGUCAGAAGAUGAAGUAAACACUUGGGUUUUGGAGAGGGAUUUUCUGUAUUGAAAGCUUUCUACCAUAGAUACACGUAUAUAUAGGUAGCAUGUUUGCUCGCUCAGCAGUGAUCUUUGUUGCUUCUGUAUAAUUUGCCUUCACCUUCAUGGGACUGCAAAGGAGUUUUCUCUCAAGAAAGCUUUACCCUGCAUUCAAUUGAUUUUUAACUUUCCAGAGAGAGUGGUAUUUUGUUUCCUUUAACUCUCUAACUUUUCUCAAGUCAAGUGAAAUUCUAUCAACAUGGUGUACGAAUUGAAAACGGAAUAUGGUGACCGGGGAUAUGUGGUGGAGUAUCUGGCAACAAAUGAGUCGGAAUACUGUAAGAGCUGGCUGCUUCUACCCGCGGAGAAUCUGUGGUCAGAAUAUGUCCGGGGCAUCCUAUACUUGAUGUGUAUGUUCUACUUCUUCCUUGGUGUAGCCAUCUCUUCAGAUAUAUUCAUGAACAGUAUUGAAGUUUUGACCAGCAAGAAAAGAACAGUAAAACAAUGGGAUCCAGAGAAAAAUGAAAUGAAAGAGGUGCAAGUGUUUAUAUGGAAUGAAACGGUUGCAAAUCUUACCCUUAUGGCUCUAGGAAGUAGUGCUCCAGAAAUUCUUCUAGCAACUUUUGAAUCUAUUGGAUCUCUUGGAGUAGACAAUUCAGACAAAGACUCUUUAGGAACAUUUACCAUCAUUGGAAGUGCUGCAUUUAACCUUUUGAUAAUAACAUCAGUAUGUGUGGUUAGUGUGAAAGGAGAAGAAGCCAAAUACAUUAAGGAGUUUGGAGUCUUUUUGCUGACUGCUGUUUGGUCAUUGUGGGCUUAUAUUUGGUUGCUGCUAGUUGUUCAGUAUAUCUCCCCGGGGGAAGUUGAACCCUGGGAGGCUUGGGUCACCUUUUUAUACAUGCCGGUUUUUGUCUUCCUGGCCUAUGCCACAGACAAUGGAUGGUGGAGAGAUAAAUGUAGCAAAAAAAAUGAAGUUGAUGCUCAGGAACCAAAGCAAAUGGAUCACAUCAGGAUCAUGACCCACCAGCAGAGAAGGGGUUCCUUUGCUGGACAUGCCACUGCAGGAAAAGAACUUCAUAUGCUGGAAAUGGAAAAACAACAGAAAUUGAGUGUGCUCAGCCUGAAUUCUCUUGAUAAAAAAUCAAGAUCAGAUGAUCAUCUUCAUCCUUAUGGCAAUGACCGUCAACAUUCUAUAUCUCCUGGUUUGAAAUCUGCCAAAGACAUCAAUGUGUCUAUAGACAGCGACAGGGACAGUCAUGAAAAAGAACAUGACCAGGCCAAUGCAGAGGAUCGGCUGGUCAAGAUGGACAAGGGGAAAGACCAGCAACAGACUUUUGCUCGAGCAAGAAAUCAUAAAAAAAUCAACACCAGUAUAAUGAACAAGGCUAGGUUUAGGCACGCGGUGGUCAGUGCUAUGACAGGUACCAAGAAGAGGGUAGGAAGUGGCCACAAAUCUGCCAGGUUUGCAGAGUUAGUCAAACAGGUUCAGAGCAUUAACCAGGCCAGUAGGGAGGGCAAAAUGCCUGCAGGUGAUUUGUAUGGCAAAUUUACAUUUGCAUCGGACAGAUAUGCUGUUCUUGAAAGUGCUGGGAAGCUGAUUAUAGAUGUUCUCUUUCACAGAAAUAUGCCUAAAGCUGGCAUGAAAGCCCAAGUAAUGAACGGAGACACAAUGACUUUCAAAAAUGGUUCCACCCAAGUGACUUCAAUCCCUGCCACUGCCAACCCUGCAAACAAGCACAACAUGGAGCAGGUUUUUGAGGGGACAGUCAGUGUGGAGUUUGAGACCAGGGAGGGGUCAGGCAAAGCCGGCAAGGACUUCAAGUACCACACUGGGGUUCUGACUUUCAAAGACACAGAGUACAGACAGACAAUAACUCUUGACAUCAUCAACGACAAUCAGUUUGAGAAUGAUUGCGAUUUCUAUGUCAUUCUAAAGAAUGCUACAAGUGGCACAUCUUUGGGUGACCCCAGUGUUACAAGGAUUACUGUUGUAGAUGAUGAUGAACCUGGAGAGUUCCAGUUUGAGACUCCACAUGCCUACGCUGACCUGUCCUCGGGGAAGGUGAAGGUGACAGUGCUGAGAGAGUAUGGAGUGGAUGGCAAGGUGACCAUGGAGUACUCCACCAUUGAUGGCACAGCUACAGGGGGUUCAAGUCUGUCCAAAGAUGUGGACUAUAUUCAGACAUCAGGAACACUGGAGUUCAAACAUCAGGAGACCAGUAAAACUAUUGAAAUCAAAAUCAAUAAGGAGGCUAAGUACUUGGCCAGUAUGGGAUCAAAAAAUUUUGUUGUUGCUCUAAAAAAUCCAAGUUUGGGUGCCAAGAUAGGCAGUAGAAGUGCUGUAGUCUGUCACAUAAACAAAGAAUCCAUAGAGGAUCGUAUUGCUGAAGUGAUCAAGGAGGAGGAGGAGGAUGAACCCGUCACAUGGCCAGGGCAGUUCAGGAAUGCCAUGUCUAUAGAAGGGGGUCAGGAUGAGGACGGGAAUGACGUUCCUCCUUCAUUCUCUGAUUACCUACUUCACUUUCUUACCUUCCUUUGGAAAAUUAUUGGAGCAAUGGUGCCACCAACGACAAUAUUAGGUGCUUGGCCAGCAUUUGUGUUUUCCCUAGUAUACAUUGCAUUGCUUACAUUGGUUAUAGAACAGCUUGGGCAUUUGCUGGGAUGUGUGGUUGGUUUGAAAACAAGCGUAACUGGUAUAACAAUUAUUGCUUUGGGAACCAGUUUACCGGAUACAUUUGCCAGUCGGACGGCAGCCAUGCAAGAUGAACAUGCUGAUGCAGCUAUUGGAAACGUUACAGGGAGUAACAGUGUCAACGUAUUUCUUGGUCUUGGUUUGCCAUGGGUUUUGAGUUCUAUGUAUGGGUUAGCCAAUGGGAAACCGUACAAAGUACCCUCAGGAAAUUUGACCCAAAGUGUCAUCAUCUUCUCCACUUUAGGAGCUUUGUGCAUCAUUAUUCUGGUGCUUAGGCGGAAGUUUGUCGGGGGAGAAUUAGGAGGUAAAAAUCCUUUUAUCAAGUGGGGUAGCAGUAUCACCUUGUUUCUCAUGUGGACCAUCUACAUUAUCUUGGCCAGUCUGAAGGCUUAUGAAAUCUUGGACUGGGAAGUGUGAAAGGCUGAACAAUGACAAGUAAUUUGUUACAGGGAGUGCCAAAAUUGAGCAGGUGGACCUUGACCGUGACCUGCACUGAAAAGUUCCUUGACAUUGUCCAUUUGGUUUUAAUUAUUACACAGUUGUGGGAUUUUUCAGCAAGCAUUUUGGGGAUGAAAGAAAAGAAACUUUAUGAGACAAGAUUUUGUACUGCUACCACAAUAAGGAUACUGGGACAUUUUCAGUGUUGCUGUGUAGGUUUUUAACUUAUGGAAUUAAGGCCCCUUAGAAACAAUGUAUAUUGUACAAAGUUACUUUUGAACAUUAUGGCAUUUUUUUUAUUUUAUGCAUUUUUACUUUUAUCUUAACACCUGUAAGUAUUACAUUAGAAAUCUUGUAUGAUAUUGUUACAUCUCCACAUAGUGCUAUAUUCUACACUUAGUGGAAACUUUUUAUUAUGAAGUAAAUCCCCCCGAACUGUGAUAACCUAUUUAUUGUUUUUAUUUUUGUAAUUUAAUGUGAGUUUAUGUACAUUCCUCUAUCAAAAUGUAAAUACAAAACCAUGAGAGAAGUGCUGACUUAGGAGGAUAUAUACUGUUGUUAGAGAUUCAGUCAUUGUUCAUUGUUUAUUAUUACCUCAUUUACUGUACAAAUUGUCCUUGUGUGGUAGAAUGUGAGUGGGUGUUCAACACGAACCAUAUUUAACUUGUCCAUCUGUCUGUUGGUGUGUCUCUCUACAUUGUUAUGCAUGUUUGGUACAAAUGCAAAGUGAUAUCUUACAGUAUUGAAUUUAUUUUGUUGAUUUUUAUUUUGCUUGUGUGACACAUUUUAAUAUUUUUCUUGUUUCAUAGCAAUCACAACCUGAGUCUGAUGUUAUCAUUUGUUACUUUUUAGUUGUUUUAUUGAAACACCAAAUACUCAGUGAUAUUGAGAGAUCAGUGAAGUCUUGUAUUCCUGAAUAUAAGGUCUUGAUUUUCCUUGGUACUUAUGUACAAGAAUGGCACAAAAGCCAACAAUUCAAACUCGUUAUGAUAGAAAAUCCCAUUGAAUACAAAAUAGAAGAAAACAAUGAUGUAAUAGACAAUGAAUUGAUAAAAUGGGUAUACAUCAAUUCCUUACAAUUUCAUUGUUUGGAGCUGAAUGCUGUCACUGGGAGCAAGAGUGGUUCAGAUGUAUUUCUCUGUACAAGGUUGCACGUUAACCACCGACUAUGUUGUGAGAUUUUUUUUCUCUUAUUUGUGUAGUUAAUUUAGCGAGUUUCUCCUACAGAUCUUGAUGCAUUUAACUGUUGUGUACUGUUCGUUGACUGAUGAAUUUCUACUGCUGAUUUACAUUCUUUAGGAGGUACAUGUCUUUGUGAUCACCUUCAGUAUUAUUUAUAUGAUUGUCAGCAGUUGUUACAAGAUAACUUUCAAUCUGGUGUGUUUUUAUUAACGAUUCUGAGACAGGUAUAUGUAGAAGUUUUGUGAUUUCAUGGCUUGAUCUGAUCUAACAAUUUCCAAAUUUCUUUUUUAAAAAUAGGUAUUGUCUACAAAAAUUGUUCAAGUGAGUUUCAAAAAUGGAUAAUAAAGUUUGAUAUUAUCCGU